GCCGGCUGCGCCCACUCCCCCGGGAAGCGCCGCGCGCCGCCCGCGGAAUCUGGGUCAGUGGCGGGUUCUCGGACAGCGGGUGACAGAAUUGGUUCUUGAUAAUUGCCUGUGUGUCAAUGGGGAAAUUGAAGGCCUGAAUGAUACUUUUAAAGAACUAGAGUUUCUGAGUAUGGCUAACGUGGAACUAAGUUCACUUGCCCGGCUUCCAAGCUUAAAUAAACUUCGAAAAUUGGAGCUUAGUGACAAUAUAAUUUCUGGAGGCUUGGAAGUCCUGGCAGAGAAAUGUCCAAAUCUUACCUACCUCAAUCUGAGUGGAAACAAAAUCAAGGAUCUCAGUACAGUAGAAGCUCUGCAAAAUCUUAAAAAUUUGAAAAGUCUUGACUUGUUUAACUGUGAGAUCACAAACCUGGAAGAUUAUAGAGAAAGUAUUUUUGAACUGCUGCAGCAAAUCACAUACUUAGAUGGAUUUGAUCAGGAGGAUAAUGAAGCGCCAGACUCUGAAGAGGAGGAUGAUGAGGAUGGAGAUGACGAUGAUGAAGAUGAAGAGGAAGAUGAAGCUGGUCCACCUGAAGGAUAUGAGGAGGAGGAGGAGGAAGAGGAGGAAGAAGAUGAGGAUGAAGAUGAAGCAGGCUCAGAAUUGGGAGAGGGCGAAGAGGAAGUGGGCCUCUCAUAUUUAAUGAAAGAAGAAAUUCAGGUGAAUAGAAACUUCUUACCUACACUGAAAAUUGAUUAUUUAGGCAUAGGGCUAAGUACUGUAAAAAGUGUGUUUUGUAGACAUCUGAGAGUUGUUUCUAACUUGUGGGUGUGCAUAUAUUUGUCUGUCUUUUUUCUCAUUGUCCCCACCCCAAAACUAUAAACUAUAUCCAGAUAAUCAUAAACACCUGUUGAUUUUACUUCCAGAUAUCUUUCAAAUCCAUUCUACCCUCAGUGGCAUGAUAUGGUAGAAACAUUUUAUAAAUGUCUCUGAGCCUCAGUUUCUACAUUUAUAAAAGUGUGAUUAUACCAAUCUCAUAGGAUUGUUUUAAGGAUUUAAUAAGAUAGUAUAUAUGAAGUACAUAGUCCCUGGCACUUAAGAAAACUUAAGUUUCUUCCCCCUGAUUAUCUCUUGCUUGUACUUUUUAUGUAGCUUUCUAGAUAUUCUUUCUGAAUACAGCAUCACCACUUAUGUGCAGUGAUGACUGGGUAGUUGAUGCAAAUGUGAUUGUAUCACUAGUCUUGAAACCCUUUCAUGUUUCCCUGUUGCCACCAAGACAUAGAAGGCCCUUCAUUAUCUGGCCUCUGUUUCCUUCUCUAGCCUCUUCUCACUCAAUACCAAAUUAAAGCAUCACACCAAGCUAUUCUUGCCUUUAUACUUGUGUAUACAUUGUUCAGUCUAUCUAAAAUGACUUACUCAUGCUCUCUGAUGAACUUUGUUGUCUUUUUUGAGGUAAACAAAUAUACUGAAGCAUGUAAAGUACAUUAAUUUUAUGAAUAGCUCCAUGAAAUUUUACAUACAUAUAUGGUUGUGUAACUACCACCCAAAUCAUAGCUUGUGAACUCUUUUCCAUCCCCAACUCCCUCUUUUUUUUUUUUCUUUUUCUUGUGAACGCUUAGCUUUACAAACUCAGCUCUGGAGUUGCCUAAUUAUUGAAGCUUUCUAUACUUUUUCUUAGGCAAUCACUCCUUCCUCUGUUACCUCAGAACCUUGAUCAGGUUUCUAUUGCCUAGAGACACUUUUACAAAAAUCAGCCACUUUCUACUAGGUGGUGAGCUCCUUAAGGUGAGCAGCCAUUCAUCUUUGUAUCUCAGCGUCUUGUAUAUUGAUUGAUUGGCACAUAAUAGGCUCAUGAGAAUUGUCAGUUGACUACAACAAAUGAUCUUUAACCCCUGGGAGUUUAGGUAAG